UUUCUGAAUACCUGAAAUUUUAACAAAACCCUCUCAGAUUAAUGUUUAAUAUACUCAUUCAGCCUAUCAGAAGUCCUGGAGGGCAAUCCUGAAAUCAUACAAGCCAUGAUGAAGGAGGAUGUGGGGUAUAAAGCAGAAGUCAUAUAACUGUGAAAGAUGUGGGAAUGACUUUGUUAGCCGUGCGGCUCUGAGAUAUCAUUUUCACGCUAAGCAUCUUGGGAGGGUUCAUUGUGAAACAUGCAGUGCCGAGAUUUUAUGUGAGGCUCCUUCACAUGACUCAAAGGAUGAGCAUGAAGUGGUACUGGUGAACAAUCAAAGGAGUUGCUGGAAUAUGACACUGAAAAGGGAAACUAAAUUUGUAGCCAUGGAAACAGCCAUAUCUUGCAGAAUGUGCUGCAAGCGGUUUGGAUCAGUCCAUGCAAGGGAACACCAUGAGAAACAGAAGCACCACUUUACAGCCAAUAAAAGAGCUCAAAUGGCCACUAAAUUUAAGCCUGAAAGCUUCUUGGAAUAUACAACACCAAUGGAGAUAAAUGCAUUUGUGGAAGAAAAACUCAGACCCAUUUUGGGUCCUGUAAGGCUAGCCUGUACCUCAGAAGUUGAAGGCAUUAUUGCAUUUAUCAAAGAAAUUUUUCCAUUGCCAAUAACUUCAGUUAUCAAGGGUGGUUCAUAUGUAAAAGGAACGGACACCCAAGACUUUUCUGAUGUGGACAUAGUUCUUUUUAGCAAAGCUUUUGCCAGUUUAGAAGACUGCCAAAGAACAACUCCAGAGGUCCUAGAAGAGUUAGGAAAUGCCCUGAUAAAAUCCUCAUGGACAGCCAGGUUAGUCAUGCAGAAAAGCACAAAAUUUUCCUUGAGGUUCUAUUUUAAGUGUUAUAAAAAUCAUCAUGGUCACUCAUUUGACGUCAUGCCUUGCUAUGACAUGUUUGCAUCUGUGUUAUCAACAGGUAAGAUGUGGCUAUUAUUUACAAAAGCAGUUCUUCUUCCUCUCACCAAAACAUCACUACUGGGAUGUUCUACCUUAGUAUUUAGAUUUAGGUUGAUGCAAUAUUUCCAGGAGCUCAAAAUUUGUAAGGUUUGGUUUUUGUUAAGAUCUAGAGAUUCAGUAGGUCAAAGCAGCACCAUUAGUCUUAUAGAUUGCUUGGUAUUAACAGGUCCAAAAGAGAGCUUUUAUCAUAAGCUGUACCUUUGCAGUGAUGAUGAUAAGAUCCAGCUGUACACCAUGGCGUUAUUGAAGUACCAAGCUGAAUUUGUCAAAGCAUCAACAGGAACGGUGAAGGAUUUCAUACGUCUAAUGAAGCACUGGUUCAAAACUUCAUUUGCUGAACCAACCAAAGAAAAUAAGUUUCGCAGGCUUCCCUCCUCGUAUACAAUUGAAUUGAUCACCAUUUAUGUCUGGGAACUGGCUGGAAAGCCCAUCUUUUUCAGCUUUGUACAGGGAAUGAGAGCUGUCCUGAAGCUUUUGACUCAAUAUCAAGAGAUAUGCAUCACAUGGCACAGACACUACAGACCAAAUUUUUCAAUUUUCCACAAAAUGCUUUUGAAGCAAAGCAGGCCGUUUGUGCUGGAUCCUGUUAACCCAACCUUCAAUUUGUGUGAAAAUAGCAAUGCUUGGGAUGAAGUAGCCCACGUGGCCAGACAGAGCCUCCUCAAACCCCUCUUCAAUGGCAGAGCAGCAAAGGAGCCUUGGCUUUUUACAAACAAGUGGUGAACUCAAGUAGGUCUUUGUUACAAUCAGCAAGGUCUCCUACUGCUAGGAGAAAGCACCUAUGGAAAUGAAAUUACCAGACAAAGAGUCAUGGCACAUGUAUUUUACUUGCAAUUUCCUCCCCUUUUCAAAAAUACAAUAGGAAGGCAGCUGGUGAAUCAGAGGAGCUGACAUAAACUGUGACCUUUUCUUCUACUCCGCUCCCCAUAUCCACAACAGAUGCAGACAACUUUUGUUUCUGCGAUAUUUCACCCCAUGUUUCUAAGAUAAACAUAGGUUUAGAUGUGGUAAGAUAAGAAAUGGCAAGAGGAGAACAUUUAGGCUGAAAGCAACUGGAAACACUGAAUGCAAAUCAAUGGACCUGACUGCUUAGAGAUUUCAGAAGACUCAUAUUUUAUGUUGAAAAUAAAAUCAAAUGAACUUCUGUCCUCCUCUACCUUUCCUGCCUUGCAAAAGGCAGAUUAGUUUUCUCCCUGGGCAAACUUGCUUCUCUUUUGACAUCUUUGACAUCUGAUUACAAAGUUGGGCUUCAAGAACACUUAUCCUAAAACAAAUCACAGAAUGAAAGAAGCCUUAUAAUAUAUUUUUAUGCCCCAGAGAAAUAAGCUAUCACAGUAACUCUCUUUUUUCUGUGUUUUACCUGUAUGCAAAACAUUCAUUUGCUUUAUUUUCUGAGAAAGUUUCAGAACAUUUUAUUUUACAGAAUUACUGUCCAAAUUCCACAUAGGAGGAUGAUCAAACAGAAUACAUUAAUGAAAUACACAAUAGCCAUUUUAAUUUGAUGGUUCCUUCAUUUGCCCAUUCUUGUAAUUCUGUGUAGACAAUGGAUCUCAUUUUAAUAUUUGCUGUACCACAAGGAGGACAACUGUGGAUACUAAAAACCCCACCCAAUUUACUUGGUAUGCUACAUAUAGCAUUUUGUGGCAAUGUUGUGAAUAUAAGAUUAUUCACAAUAAUAUAGUAAUAUAACUUGACUCUUUUGUGUUACAGAUAAGCACAGUGCAUCGGACAAUCAGAGUAGAUUGUCUGGACUGUGAGUGACAAACAAUGUAUUGAUACAGAAACAACAAAAAGCUAAUCAGUCAAGAUUACUGCUAAAUCAGAAAUCCAUGAUAAAUGAAAUGCUAGUAGAACUGAAUAAUUUUGCUUGAAGGUCUUAAGUUAAGCAAUCUUAAAAGCAGACUAAAAAGUUGGUUGUUAAAUUAUCAUUAUUUCAUGUGAAGAUAGAUGGAAAACACUGUUGCAGGAAAUAUGCUGAAUAAUUCUAAAUUACUGUUUUCAGUGCCAAAAUACAUGUGCUUUUUUGCUGUGGUGACAGUCAGUAAAGCUGAGAACAUCUGAGAAGUGACUCCAAAGUGUUUCGGACUUUGCAUGAGAACGUCCAUUCCAUACUUCCUGGGAACUUUAGUUUGAUAUACAAGGAUUCUUUAUGUACCUAGAAUACUUCUCAUCAAAGAAGAAAUCUGAGACUUUCAGCUUACCGUGUUUCCCCCAAAAUAAGGCCUACCCUGAAAAUAAGCCCCAGCUUGUUUUUGGGGGGUGGGUCUAAUAUAAGCCCUACUGUUAAAAUAAGCCCUAAUUUUGGGGUGGGACACAUGCCUAAAAAUCAGGCUAGGGCAGGGGUGAGGAGUGGACUUUACUAUUGCAGCCAUGGAUUGACACUUGCCUCACCGGCCGACUUCUUCUGUGGCUGAAGGAGCAGUUUCAUUCUGCUGUUGAGAAUGGAGCUCAGGCCUGCAUUCUGCAGACAGAGGCCUUUCCGGAAGAAAGCUGAGAACUGAGCUAUGGAUUCAAU